GUUGAGAAUUAACAAACGAACACAUGGAGACGUAAACAAAGCCACAUAUUGCACGCACGAAAGUUCACACAGGAUACGUAUUAUAAUAACGAAACUUUGAGUAAUUGGAUUAAAACGUCAACCUCGUGACCUGGCAGGCCUCGGAAACGUGUUAUUGCGCACCGACAAAACUACUUAAUAAAGCAUAAAGCGGCUGUUGAUUCAUUACGGCACAGCAACCGCCUGAGGCAAGCCUCAACCUUCUCAGUUCCGCCAGACGGCCAGCAGACAGACAGCAAAAAAAAAAAAACUUAUUCUUCUCCACCAAAGCCGCCAUACCAGCUGGGUCCCGAGGAGAGCCGCGACCCCCUCACAGCCGCAGCAAGGCCCUGAAGCGUGGCACCGUAGCUCCAACACCCGGAGGAGCACCACCACAGUUUCUUACAUCUUCCAGAGAACUCAACUCACUCCUAAAAACUAAGAUGAACCUGCAGCAUAAUAACUUCCUCGACGGCGCUCCCGCCACACAGCUGUAUGAUGCGAAUUACCAUCAACGUAGCACGCUACAACCCCAACUGGACCACGCCUACGUAUAUGUUCCCUUCGGAAGUACCACGGGGGAGAACAGUUACACCUCCAGUUGGGCUACCCCGCAGCCCCACCUGUCCCAACUGGACCAUCCCUACGUACAUGUACAUAACUCCAGUAACCCCUCCGGAGGUGCCGGAGCCCUGGACCCUUACACCUCCCAUCUCCACUCGCCUCAGAACCUCCUGGACGAGGCGCAGCAGACUGGGUUCACUGAGGCUCCACAGCCCACUCUUAACACCCAGGAGAAUCUGGACGCCGUGAAUAACUGGAGCAUUGACGAUAUCCGGGAAAUGGCAUUGUAUUUCUAUGAGAAUCCAGAAGCCCUGGCGAUUUUUGACCUUCAAGACCAGUACGACCCCAACAACGAUAGCGACGACGACGAAGAAGAGGUGGGUGUGUAUGGAGGGGUAAACCUCGAGCAUGACCCUCGAGAUGCUGACCCUGCAGGCACAAGCCACGCACCUUCGCCUUCUGAGGGCGCUGGUCCUCGUGGGCGCAGGUUGAAGAUGUACGAAUGGCCGUCUCAGUCAGACCCGAAAAUGGAAAAGCGGCGGAAGCAUGCUGAGCGACAGCAUCUGCAGCGCCAGAAAAAGAAGCAAAGUUUUAUACAGCUUGAGAAUGACCUUCAGAAACAGAGAAGCGUCGUGGAAAACCUGCGAAGGGAGGCGAGUUGGUUACAACAGGUCAUGAAAAGCUUGAAACAAUAAGCGGCUUGGCAUGACUGCUUCAACUUGCCCCUGAAGAUCCUCUUACCUCGAUUACGUAAUAGUCAAAAACUCCUUCCAUCCUCAAGUCGCUGUGCUGAUACUUAGGCCAUUGUUUUUUGUGAGAGAAUGUGUGAAGCUGUGAAAUUGUAUUGUCUUUGUCAUUGAUUAUCAACACGUCUGAAUGAAUGUUGUGUUUCAGUUUUGAAUCCAUAACUGGCCGUCCAUAUCCUUAGGCCAUUGCUUUUGUGAGGGAAUGUGCGAAGCUGUGAAAUUGUAUAGGCUUUUGUCAUUAUUUAUCAAAACGUCUAGUGAAUGAAUAUUGUGUUUUAGUUUGUCACUGUUUUUCUCUGUUUAUCAACACAUCUGGUGAAUGAAUGUUAUGUUUGGUCUUUACCCAGAGGCAAUGGUUCUGUGAGAGUAUGUGUGAAGCUGUAUAAUUGUAAAGUCUUUGUCAUUGUUUAUGAACACGUCUGGUGAAUGAAUGUUGUGUUUCGGCUCCCUGGCAGUUUUUUUCUUACCGCAACCUUUUCCUGCGGACGGGCUUUGUGUCCGGAGGUUAGUCAAGAACCCGAAUUAUCGACGCUGUGCCUGCCGUUUCUUGUGGUUUGAAAUAACUUACACUGAUUCAUCCCGUGUGAUAAAAAACAGUUUAGGUGAAAGUUAUA